GUUAGCGCACGGGACUGAAACGGUGAAGUAUUAUUUCCCUCUCCAUAUAAAGUCGACUUUACGUCAUCUUGCUUUUUUUCUGUACCAUCCCAAAAGUGCUGUUCUGCCAUCUACUGUCUACUGUGAUCCAAGUGAAGACAGGGUAAGGUAACAGUGUACUUCAUCACAGUGUGCAGGCCCUUCAUCAGAAAACACAUUUCCUGCUGACUCAAUUUAAGGAAUAUCUGGCCAAAGCAGACAUGAGUCUUCAGACUGGCAUCCACCAGGACACGAUCCGUGACGAGUAUAUGGGGCUGAGGGAGAAGAUCCUGAUCCAGCUGGACGGGAUGAAGGACACGGACAAGGCCAAAUUCUUACGCUCUGAGCUCAACCUCAUCAACCAGAAGAUAGAGAGCCUGGAGGGCUUCUCCUCCUCCUACAUAGAGAGGCUGAAGGCACUGCAGGCUCUACAGCAAAGCCUGCUCCAGGCGGAGGACAUUGUCAAAGUGCAUGAGGCCCGUCUGACCGAGAAGGAGACCUCAUCUCUGGAGGACUCUCGGGCCGCCCUGAAGGAGUACCAGAUGUGCUACAAGGAGCUCCUGCAGGAGAAGGAAAGCCUCAGGAUGGUGGAGCAAGUGCAGGGGCGGGUCCAGAAGAAUGAAGAUGAGCUGAAGCAGCUCUGGAAGCUAUAUGAGCUGAAAUAUGAUACUGAGAAGGGCAAGGUGCAGGAACUUGAAUCCUUUAGGAGUGAGAUUGAGAAGCUAACGGCCUUGGAGGACCGCUACAAGGGCCAGCUGCAGAGCUCUGUGUUGGUAGUAUCUCAGCUGGCCUGGAUCAGAGAUGAGCUAGAGAAGGGGCGGGCCCAGAAGAAAGAAGAUGAGCUGGAGAAGCUAUGGAAGGAUUGGAAGAGCCAAUAUGAGCGGAAAUCUGAUACUGACAAGGGCAAGUUGCAGCAAGAACUCGUACCCCUUACUAGUGAGAUUAAGACGCUUACGGCCAAGCUGAGUGCCUUGGAGGUUGGCGACAAGAAAUGCAGCCAUACCUCCACCUACAUAUCCUCCCUUAAGGAGCAGCUACAGACCAACAUCACGAAGGUGGAGCAGGAGCUGACCCAGAACAAUCAUGAGAUUGGGAUGCUAACAACCAAGCUGCAGAGCUUUGAGAAUGUAGUGUCUGAGCUGGCCUGGAUCAGAGAUGAGCUAGAGAAGGGACGGGUCCCGAAGAAUGAAGACGAGCUGAAGCAGCUCCUGAAGGUCUUUGAGGAUUGGAAGAGCCAAUAUGAGCGGAAAUCUGAUACUGACAAGGGCAAGUUGCAGCAAGAACACGAAUCCCUUUGGUGUGAGAUUGAGACGCUAACAACCAAGCUGAGGGUCUUGGAGGACCGCUACAAGGGCCAGUUGCAGAUCUCUGAGCUACAACAGAGGGAGCUUAAGUUGUUCCAGAAGCGCCUGGAACAUUUAGAAGAGAGAAUAAAGGUUCACCACCGUGUAAUCACUAUCAAAGAGAUGACAGUGUCUGGAAUCCGUGGAUCGGUCUCCAUUACUGACCUGGUAGAGUCCAAACUCCUCAACUCCUCAGACGUCCAGAAGAUUGCUCAGGGCCAGCUCACCAUCGAGGAUAUUGAGAGCAAGCUAAGGCCAUACCUACAGGGGUCAGGCUGCAUCGCAGGAAUCUUUCUUGAGAAGGAAAACAGGACCCUCCCCAUCUACCAGGCUAAGAAGGAGGGCCUUCUCCGCCAAGGCACCUCCCUAGUGCUUUUGGAAGCACAAGCUGCCUCUGGUUUUAUGAUUGACCCCCUUAACAACCUAUUCCUGCCUGUGGAGGAGGCAUGUGAGAGGAACCUGAUAGGUCAGGAGUUUAAGUCCAAGCUGCUGUCGGCUGAGAACGCCGUCACAGGCUACAAGGAUCCACACACAGGCGACAUCAUCUCCCUCUUCCAGGCCAUUGAGAAAGGCAUCAUAGAGAAAGGGCAUGGAAUCCGCCUGCUUGAGGCUCAAAUUGCCAGCGGUGGUAUCAUCGACCCCAAAAAGAACCACCGCAUUGAUGUGGACGAAGCCUUUCGCCGGGGAUAUUUUAACAAGGAGAUGAAUGACAUACUGGCCGAUGAAGGGGAUGACACCAAGGGCUUCUUUGACCCCAACACAGAGGAGAACCUUACUUACCUGCAGCUGAUGAAGAGGUGCAUCACUGAUGAGAAGACCGGCCUGGUUCUACUUCCCCUUUGGGACAAGAAGGAGUCCAGGAUUUUGAGGAUGCGAGAGCAAGAGUGCGAGUGGGAGGGAAUCAUCAUCUUGGCAGCCGAUAGUUCCAUCCGCCUGGUGGUGGUGGAUCAGAAGACUGAGAAACGGUAUGACAUCCAGGACUACCUGGACAAGGGCUUGCUUAGCCAGAGCACCAUUGAUCAGUACCACUCUGGGGCACUCACCCUCACCAAGUUCGCCGACCAGAUCCUCAACAAGAGUAACAUGGACCUGUCCAUAACUUCCACUUGUGCAGAGGAUGUUGCCAUGGUAGAGGAGGACAACGGGAGGAAGAUUAUCCAAACCACCACCACCUCCAGCCUCUCCUCCACCAGCACUAGCUCCACCUCUUAAAAUCUUUUCACAGUGAGAAACUGGUGCAUUGAAACCAGGGAUAGAAGGCAGGUGGGGGGCGGUUGGGAGAUUUAUGAUCAUACAAUAUUUAGGCAAGCUUAGGUGUAGACUGGUAUCAUUUAGUGGUAAGAAUAAAAAUGCUUACUUUGAUUUAGCACAAUUUAUAUCCAGCUUCUGAUGUUAAUGCAUUUAAUGUGUUGGUGUAUUUUUUCACUGAUGAGGAAUAUGGGAAUAUUGACAUUUUUAUUUUUUUAAGUGGGAAACUGUGGCGUAGUCCCUAGGGCGGCCAUCAGCUGUACGCUAAUAUCCCCAGUACUUCUGUGGGUUGAAUUCCCCACCAUGACACUUUUUGCUCUGUGUUUCCAUCUCUAUCUGUAACCCUCUCUGCUUUCUCAGUCUUAAUAAAAUGGAAAAUAUAUGUAUAUGAGGAGGGCACGCUGUUUCCUCUCCUUUUUUAAAUAAAAGACAUUUAAAUGUAUGAGAGAGCAACAUUUUCUAUGUUUAAGCACCUUUGGAGGAGGUUCAUUUUUAUUGUACUGCUUUCUCUGAUCAUUAUAGCAUAAAAAUGUUAAGUGCCGUGCCUUUUCUAUGGACCUGCACACUCUAAAACACUACUGUUACACAAUGAACAUGGUUCAGUUUCCUAGAC